UGCCCCCAGAGUGCGUCUGAUCCGGUUGACAAUUAUUAACAAUAAUAAUAUUAUGCGUUCGUAGUUUUUUGUGUGUGGAAAAAAAAUCCAGACCGAUCAUAUACAAUAUUACAUUACUGCAGAGCGCGUGUACGUCAAAACUAUAUAAGCGUAUACACCGYGGUCGCUUGGGGAGAGGGAUCGGAUAUUGUGUGUCAGUACGUACAUAACGGUCCGUACCAUCUCCAACAACCAAGUUCGAGUGUGAGCGCCGAACACCGCCAGAGGCUGAUAACGUGUAAAAAAAAGCAUACACUUCUUUUGACCAAUUCACCCAUCGUUGCCGUCCGGUUAGCACUAAAUCGAUCAAUUUGACUACCAACGCGGUAGUCUCUCACCUGCAGCGACGAGGGCUGUGUCCAGUGGUUUGUUGUUUUUCAACGAGUGAUGAUUAAAUUUAACACGCGAAUUUAAGUUCGAUAUUUUUUUAAGACCGUCAAGUAGUGAAACUCGUGGACAAUUACGACACAGAUAACGAUUAUACUUGCCCAAAAAUGGCUGAAAUACAAUCAAACAUCCAAGAGUUUUUUAAAAACAAAUCCGUCUUCGUUACCGGAGGUACAGGGUUUCUUGGUAAGCUGAUCGUCAACAAAUUGAUUAGAUCAUGCCCUCAGAUCAACCACAUCUAUCUACUAGUAAGGGACAAAAAAGGAAAAAAUGCACAUGAAAGACUAGAGGACAUGUUCAAUAUGCCGAUAUUUAAAGACAUCGAUGCAUCAAGAUUAAAGAAAAUAAGUGCACUUAGAGGUGACUGUAGUCAAGCAGAUUUGGGACUAUCUGUUGAAGACCUGAAUAUAUUAAUCAAAGAGGUGAAUGUUAUAUUUCAUAGUGCAGCUACGGUUCGAUUUGAUGAACGCCUUGAUAUUGCCAUUGGAAUAAACGUGAUCGGCGCCAGAGAAAUCGUUAAACUUGCUCACAAAAUCGAAAAUCUCGCGUCAUAUUUGCAUGUCUCGACGGCUUUCUCCAACUGUCAUAAUAAAUGUAUAGAAGAAAGGUUUUAUAAUCUACCAUAUAACUAUGAAAAACUCAUACACCUUUAUAAGACAAAAAGUUCAAAUAUACUCGAAAAAAUGAAACCUUUCCUGUUGGGACCUAUGCCAAACACUUACGUCAUGACAAAAGCGGCUGCCGAACAACUGAUCAAGCGUGAAGCCAAGGGUCUGCCCGUGACGAUAGUCCGUCCGGCAAUCGUGAUAGCAACCGCCAACGAACCUCUGCCGGGUUGGAUCGACAAUUUGUAUGGGCCAACGGGCAUCGUGACUGGCGUGAUGACAGGUAUAAUAAAAUCGCUGCCAUGUGAUGUAAAUGCAGUCACGGAUCUAGUGCCUGCUGAUUUGACUGUGAACGCGCUAAUAGCCGCGUCCUGGGACACACAUGUCAGGCACCGCCGUUCCGAGCUGAGUGAAUCGAUCGAAAAUCAUCACACGGAUGACCCUCGCAUCUACAAUUUCGUUUCGUCGCCAGAAAACCCACUGACUUGGGGAAUAUUUUCGACGACCCUGAUGUACUACAUCUUGCACCGACCCACAGCUAAAGCCAUGUGGUACCCGACGUUGAUAAUGAACUCGUCGGUGCUUUUACACAAGCUCACUGUGCUGAUACUACAUUAUCUGCCAGCGUUCCUGUUGGAUUUAGUGUUCAUUUGCACGGGAAAUAAACUCAGAUUGGUCGAUCAAUACAAAAAAAUAGGAAGAUUCACUGACAUAUUGGAAUACUUUUCCACGAGGGAAUGGAUAUUCAGUAAUAACAACGUACAAAAUUUAUGGAACAGUUUAAACCAUGACGAUAAAACACUGUUUCCUUUCGAUAUAAAAAAGAUGCAUUGGGAAGAGUUUUUGGAUACGUACCACAAAGGGAUAAUGACAUUCUUACUCAAAGAAGGACCGGACAAGUUACCAGAGGCUAGAAAACGUCUUCACAGUUUAUAUAUCUAUCAUAUGAUCUUCAAAGCCGCUGUCUACAUAGGACUCAUGAUGCUGUUAUGGGUGAUUUUAAAGAGAAUGUUUUUGGCUUAG